AUGUCAAGCACUUCUACUCCAUCUGAUGGCUCCAAGCCAUCUCUCACAGACAAGUUUGCCUCGCUGAACCCAUUCAAGAAGAACAAGGACAAGGACAAGGUUAGGGAGGAAGGAGCUGGAGAAGAGGAGGAGGAAGCACCAGAACACACCGGCGAUGAGGACCAGGGACAGGACCUCACCGAGGACAGUGUGGCCGGAGGUGGAAGGGGUACGGCUACUGGCGACAUCGAAGAGCGCAAGCAGUUCCGCAUCAAGCAAGGCGAGCUCCAGGAGAGCGACUUGGCUGGCGAGGCUGAUCAGGAUGGCUUUUCUCCUACUGGUCAAGCCUUGCAAGAGAUCCUGGUCAGACAGCCUGCUAUCCCACCUGCCUAUGUCAAUGACCGUACCCACCCACUGAGCAGCUAUCUCAUGUCCUCCAGCCACAAUUCCUACAUUGCCAAUAGCUCGCAGCUACGAGGUAAGGCCUCUGCACACAGGUACACGCAGAUCCUCAACUCCGGCAUGCGCUGUGUAGAGAUUGAUUGUUGGGAUAAUGAGGAUGAUUCAGAGGAGCCCAAGGUGACGCACGGUUUGACUCUGACUGGCCACAUCCCUUUCCGCGCCGUCGUCGAGGCCAUUAAUGCUGCCAUGGACAAAGAGCUUGCCGCUGCUAAGCAGGCCGGCACUGCAACUCCUCUACCCAUCUUCAUCUCCGUCGAGAAUCACUGCAGCCCAGCUGGACAGGUACGACUGGCUACGAUCAUGAGGGAGAACUUUGGAGAGAAGCUCGUGGUGGAGCCUCUGGACCCGGAUGGAAAGCAGCCCAGGCUAGAGCAGCUCGAGGGAAGAAUCUGUUGCAUGGUCGAGCACUAUGCCAGUGGAGAGACGGACGAUCCCAAGUCUGCUGGUGACCAGGGAGGCAUUGGCAAGGAUGACAAGAAGGCCAAGGCAAACGUCAAGAUUGUCCCCGAGCUCGCCUCGUUGGGAGUGUAUGCGAACAGUAUCAAACCUUCGGGUAGCGAUUGGCUCAAGGAAGAGACAAAGGAUCCUUCGAACCCGCUACUGAACAUUGGCGAGGGCCCGCUGCUGGAAGCAAUCGAAAAAGGUCACGCCCAUGACGUGAUCAGGCACAACAGCAAGGCCCUGCAGCGUGUCUACCCAGCUGGUACGAGGAUCACGUCCAAGAAUCUUCUCCCUCCCCCCUUCUGGGGCGUAGGCUCUCACGUCGUGGCUCUCAAUGCUCAGACCUUCGAUGCAGCUAUGCAGCUCAACGAGGCCUGCUUCGACGGCACCGACGGCUUCGUCCUCAAGCCCGCCUAUCUCCGUAUGGAGAAUGGCCAACCGCCCGCACCCCGCCCGACGGGUCAGACUAAACUCUCCAUGACCGUCGCUGGUGCAUCAGACUUGGUUCUACCCAGUGGACGCAAAGCAGACGAGGUGAAGCCUUAUGUUACCUGCAGUCUCUAUCAUCCUCUGCUCUUGGGAGGAGAGGCUACAGAAGAGGACGAGAAGCGCAAGCCAAAGCGCAAGACGAGCGCCUAUCGUGGGCACAAGCUCGCUGCAUUGCACACUCACGAUUCUCCCCCUGGUCACUCCCCCUUUUGGCAUCAUCCAGAGACACUCACUUGGACCUACCCAAAGGAUGAUCUCGUCUUUUUGCGCAUCUUGCUCAAAAGUGAUGAUGCAUUUGCACGCAACCCAGUCUUUGCCGUAGCGGCGGUGAGGGUCGCGGCACUCCAGACGGGACAGUGGGUCUUCUUGAGGCUGUUCAAUUUGAGGGGUGAAAAGACAAAGGGAAGCUUGUGUGUCAAAUUCGAAGUCGAAGACGUCUGA